AUGACCGCCGCCGUCGAGGAGGAUGACAGGGGGCGUCUCCCCCGUCGGUGCUAUAUAAACGGCCAACGACUCGUCGAAAUUGAGCACUACCACUUGACGGAUGUACCCGCGCGGAUCGCCAYUGUCACUUCGCGAUCAGCACGAACGACGAGGAAAUAUGCACACGACCAUCGUUGUGGAAGAGCUUUUAAGAGCUUGGAAAAUGUGAACAUCGAUUCUGUGAAAUCAGAUUUGAACAGGGCGUUUAAAAUUUGGUCUAAACAUUUCAAACUCACGAUGCAGAAAGUAGACAGUGAAUCCGUGGAUAUAGCAGGAUCAACGCAUUUCUUAAAGAACUACAAUUUAUCAAAUUUCGACGAGCUCAUCAUCCACAGGUGAGGGCAACAAUCAUUUGGUGGACACAGUGAACUUCGCUACAAAAAAACCAAAUGCGAUCGUCAUAUUAUUUACCAUUUACGAUGUAUUAACUAUUAAUUUGUUUAUGUAUUUAGUAUUGUUGUGUAGUGUUUUUAGACUUUGAGUCAAACACUCCGUCGUGCGAUGUAAGGGUGCCGUAUAGUGUGGUGACUGAAUUUUAUCGUCUUAAGUUGUUUACAAUGUAUGGUCAAUUCUAUGGUAAUUUUUUCUAUAAAAUGUAUUAUGUUAUAAACCUAUAUGUAUAAAUGCCAUUAGUACUUA